CCUGCGCCGUGACGUAUGCCGAGCGCGGCCGGAGUGCGCCCCGGCGGGCGGGAGAGGAGCUGGGCGCCGGUUGGGGCCGCGGGGUAGAAGGCGAGCCGGAGGAGAGGGGCGGGUGUGAGUGGCUCCCCCGGGCACGGCUCCGAGCAGAGGUUUACUGACGGAAACCAAGCGUUACCAAUGGGGACCGUGCCCGGCCUCAUAGGAGAGGGACAUUACGCUCCCCUCCAGCACAGAGUACUGGCGGACCAACACCAGAAUCAUGGUCCGCAUCCGAUCAGCCUUGGGCCUGGGCUGUCCCACUCUUGCAGACAGACUCACCUGCACCAGUAGCCCCCCAGUAUCGAGUAGCACUCACUCACCACACUAUUGCAGAACCUAAAGGCAAUAGAGGAGCAGCUGAGAAGCAUGCAUCAAACUCCAUGAGCCACACGUGGUGCCAGGCCAGAUGUCUUCUCUCAUCCCCUUCACCUCAAACACAAACCAUCCUAUUAUCCAGUUUUCCUGUUGCCUGAGAACAAAAUGCACCUGCCUGAAGCAGCCGACUGAAACUAGUCUUUGGCAAGAUGGACAAUUAUGUAAGUGUGGGAAUUUACUCAAAAGAAAUGGCCAUAACUACAAAAGGCAUCCUCACCUGAAGAAGUCUUCAGUGUAAUCAAAAAGGCAGUUCAUGGCUUGGGGAUUCUUCUGGACUCUGCUUCUUCUGGGUACACAAAUAACUAUAAUGGUUAGAAAUGCCUCUUAUCAGCUCCAGCUGCCCAGGGGAUGCAUUCAGUCCUAUUGUAUAGAAAUUGGGCCAUGCUGAUGUAUUCCAAUGCAUUGUACCCGGGGUUGAAAGUAAAGGCUUUACACUCUAGCUGGUCAAACAUGGAGUGACUUGUCUACUAACAUAGGAUGGGUGAUAACACGCACAGCAAUCCAAUGCUCCAAAACCUACAGUGACUCCCUGUCCAAAACUAGAUUCAGUUCAAAAUCCUGGUCUUGAUCUUCAAAUCUCUGAGUGAGGGAACCCAGAUGAUCUCAGGCAUUUUUCUCUGUGAUUUAUUACAGCAAUUACAUUUACAAGGGAUGAGGUCAGUAGCAAGGAUUACACUUGCUGCAGGAGCAAGAGGCUGACUAAUGGCUGUGGAAUGCCUUUCCAUUAAAAAUGGUAAUGACCAGGGGUUUGCAACUUUCAGACACAAAUAUUGUUUCAGCUAACACAGGUAAAGACUUAAAAAGGUUUCUCUAUAUCCAUAUAUAAUGUGACAUCAAGAAACAUAUAUCUCAAAUGGUCCAAGUUUUCAGGAGCCUUUUCCUACAGAAUCACAGCAAUCCCCAUGAACACAGUAGGCCACCCUUUGCUGGCGCACUUCAAUGAUGUUCCAGUUAUAGGCGUUCUUACUUUACUAACUCCCAACACUGUCCACACUGUAAAAGUGGAAGCCAUUGAUAAGAAUGGAAUUAUCCUGGCAGAAGCACAAACUAUGCAGUUAACAGCUCCUGAGAUACCUGCUAUUGACCAAGCUUAUUCAAAACUGAGCAACAGUAUCACAGUGGAAUGGGCAGCUGUUCCUGGGGCUACCAGUUAUUUACUGACUGCACAGGACGGAGAGUCUUUCAUUGAAACUAUAGUCAUAAAUUCACCAGGCACAGUGACAGGAUUGAAGGCUGCUACAUUGUACAAAAUCACCAUCAGAUCUAUAAACUCUGGAGGAAGAAGCCUACCUUCGCCUUCAAAGAAGGCAAAGACAGUCUUGGCUGCUCCGGUCCUGUCUGUAAGUUCUCCAAGUUACGACUCCAUAGUGGUGAGCUGGGGAGCUGUAUAUAUGGCAGUUGGAUUCUCUGUGUCCAUCAUGAGAUCAGAUGGUUUAGGCAGUAUGACGAAAGAGAACACCACCCAUACCUCCUUGGUAUUUACCAGUCUAGAUCCAGGAACUCUCUAUACCAUCAAGGCACAUGCCUGGAAUGUUAAUGGGAUACCUGGAGAUGAUUUCACGUACAACCAAAUAACAAGUCCUCAUGCACCAUCAGAUGUUCAAGUUGCUUUUGAUAGUGGAACUUUGAGGGCCACUGUUUCUUGGAUACCGACAGAGGGAACUUUAAAUUACAGUGUGACAGCCAGCAGUGGAGCCUCCAAACUGAACUGUAGCACAUCUUCCACUUCCUGCACUUUGUCUUCACUCCAGUGUGGUUCUGAAUACUCUGUUUAUGUCAUAGCAAAUAAUGGUGCUGGAUCCAGUAAACCUACAGAUGCAGUGAGUUUAAAAACUGUCCCUUGUGCACCAGGAAGUAUAACAAUAGAAGAGGACAACCCUGGUAAAUUGUCAGUCUCAUGGUCUAAUGUAGAUCUUGGAGAUUAUUAUGUGGUUUUUGUGAAAAGCGAUGAUGGCUUGGAAGUGCACUGCAACACAUCCCAUACCCAAUGCCACUUCCAAUCAGAUUGUGGUUUCACUUACUUCAUUAGUGUCUUCGCAUAUAACAAGGCAGGACAGAGUCCUUUAGGGGAUGUACUCAAUUAUACUACUGCACCUUGUUGCCCCAGUGACUUUUACCCAGUGUUUGUGUCCAGUGAUACAGUUGAGAUUGUCUGGUCUCCUGUCCGUGGUGCUGAAAUGUAUGAAACAAAAGCUGUUGAUGGAGUUGGUGUAGUAUUGUGUAAUGACACUGCCACAAUUUGCAUCCUGUCUGCAUUGCAAUGUAACACCCAAUAUAACAUCACUGUGUAUUCUUACAGUGAAAUCAGGGGCAGCAAUACAUCAUGUGUAUCUAAAUAUGUGGCAACAGCUCCAUGCAGUCCUGAAAUAAAAAGCGUCUCACAGGAUGAUCUUUCCAUAAUUAGUGUACACUGGCAGGCCAAUAAUGAUGAAACUAUAUACACUGUUACUGCUAGAGGAGAGGCUGGAUUGUGGCGUUGCACAAGUUCCGGAAAUUCCUGUAGCAUAACUGAUCUUCCCUGUGGAUCAGUUUUCUCAGUUAGUGCUGUGGCAAUUACAACAGCAGGACAGAGCUUACCUAGUUACAGUGUCCCUUUAGAGACAGCUCCUUGUUGCCCUAAUGAUCUGACAGUAACUCAAGUGAUGCAGUCUAUAACAAAUAUCAGCUGGUCGGUUGGGGCUGGUGCAAAGACAUACAUAACAAUACUGGAAUCACCAAAAGGACCGGCCAAGUGCCACACACUUCAAAACCACUGUCUCCUGGGAUGCAUUACAUGUGGCACCACCUAUACAGUGUCUCUGAAAGUGAUUAGUGAAACUGGUUUGGCCUCAGACUGCACAUAUCAAGACUAUUCUUCUAGUGCUUGCUGUCCUUCUGGGGUGAAAUUAUAUAGAUUGCGCAAUAAUGGUAUCCGAAUAUACUGGCGAGCUUCUGCAGGGUUGAUAAAGUAUAGUACAGAUCUAUAUGGAUCAAAAGGCAAUUUCACCUGUACCCCUACUUCAGGUUUGAGUUAUUGUGAUGUCACCGAGAUACCUUGUGGGGAUGUCUAUACAGUGGUAGUUUCUCCAGUUCCUGAGAAAGGAUCAAAGCUUACAUUUUGCCCUAAAAAAAUAUAUUCAGUGACCUGCUCUGGAAGUUCUGUUGGAAUGGGUAUGAGAAUGCUGUCAGCAUUUCACCUCUCAUGAAAAUGGUGGUUCUAGUGAGAUAUGUUUCUCUUAGAAUGAAAAGUACUUUACUUUAAAAUAACAUUUUCUGGCAGGAGGACUCCCUUAAUUCUAUCAAAGAUAAAACAUUUACUCCCAACAUAAUAUGUAUUACAACGUCUGUAAGUUACAUUGUAUGAAACAUAUAUACCAUGGCCUAGAUAGAUCCUCAGCUAGAGCUAAGAAGCACACAGUAUGACUCAGGAGGGAGUGUGCAAAGAUGGAUUUGGUCCCCUCAUGUUGGGGCUGCUCUGUGCCAAUCCAGUCCUCCAGGGUAUGUUAGAACAGCCAGAAGGCUGCUGUUAAGUACAAUGCCUGCCAAAGGCCCCAAAGGACUCUUAUAACAGCCAGGGGUUGCUGAGGUCCAGGGGAAUCCUAGCCAUGUCCAUUUUCUCCUGGCCACAGCCCCUACUACAGUUGUAAGAGGGAGGUUGGCAAAGCAGCUGUAUGUCAGCUCUAGAAAACCAGAGGAUUCCUGAAUAUGGUAUUCACCCUGUGCAAAAAAUGACUUAAACCAGUGAGAGAAUCUGGCCUUACACAUCUAUCCAAGUGAGAUCCAUGAAAUUAACUGGAGACAUAACAGCACAGACACGUCAUACAUUUAUCUUGUGUCUGUUUGUCCAGUGCCC